CGGGUAGUCAUCGCACGCGUCUCCGCGAGCCGACGGCCCACAGCACCCGGGAUUACCACCGCCGCGGCGGACGACGACGAAGACCUCGCCCUCGCUCCCCUCCCCUCCCCUCCCCCCCCCUCGUGCUCGACCACGACGACCGCUCCCUGCCCGCUAGCCCUAAACCCCUGCCGAUCCAUGGAGGCCGCCGCGCCCGACGGGGCCGGCAAGGCAUCCCCGGCCCCCGAGGAGCCCGACUGGCCGCCCGAGCUCCGCCUCCUCGCGCCGCCGCCAGCUGCGGGGACGGACGAUCCGCAGUUCCUCAGCUCGAUCAUCGGGGACGCGGCCGCCCCUCCCCCGCCGAUGCCGCCGCUCGCGCAGAAGCGGAAACGGGGGAGGCCGCCCAAGAGGAAAGACGGCGCGGGCGCGGUGGUACCGGCCCGGCCCGCCAGGCGGAGGGAGGACGAGGAGGAGGUCGUCUGCUUCAUCUGUUUCGACGGGGGCAACCUCGUCGUCUGCGAUCGGAGGGGUUGCCCCAAGGUCUACCAUCCGGCGUGCAUCAAGCGUGACGAGGCAUUCUUCCAGUCGCGGAGCAAGUGGAACUGCGGCUGGCACAUAUGCAGCAGCUGUGAAAAGGCAGUGCACUACAUGUGCUACACUUGUACAUACUCCCUCUGCAAAGUGUGCAUCAAGCAGGGUAAAUUCUUCAGUGUCAGGGGGACAAAGGGCUUCUGCGACACAUGUUAUGGGACUAUACUUCUCAUAGAAUCCAAAGAUGAAAGUGCAAUAAAGGUUGAUUUUGAUGACAUACUCAGCUGGGAGUACCUGUUCAAGCUAUAUUGGUUAGAUCUGAAAGGGAAGCUUUCAUUAACAUUGGAAGAACUUACUAUUGCCAAGACUAGAUGGAAUGUUCCUAGCACUUCUGCUAGGAAAGAAAAAGAUGAGUCGUCUGAUGACCUGUAUGACGCUAAUAAUGAUGAUGAUGCUGGUACUGACUGCUCCUCAGGAAAACGAAGGCGAACUAAUUCAAGGAAAAAGGGUCAAAAAUGCCGGAAGGUAAAUAAAGAUUGUAGUGUUCCUGCAAAAAAGGUCGAGCUUCCAAUUACAAAUACUGAGAGCGUUCCCACAGAAGUGACAAAUGAACGAGUGCCAUUGCCAGUAGACACAAAAGUACCAAAUGGAUGGGUACCCUUGCCAGUAGACACAAAAGUACCAAAUGAAUCAGUGCCCUUGCCAGCAAACACAAAAUGGGCAUCACCAGAGCUACUGGAGUUUGUAGGACAUAUGAGAGAUGGCGAUCAAUCUUUCAUUUCUCAGUUUGAUGUUCAGACUCUUCUGCUUGAUUAUAUCAAGAAGAAUAACCUUCGCGAUCCUCAGAGGAAAAGCCAAAUUAUUUGUGACUUGAGACUUCAUCGCUUGUUCAGGAAAGCACGGGUUGCUCACUUUGAGAUGUUAAAGCUUUUGGAAAUGCAUUUUCUUAUGAAUGAGACUUCAACAGUAACUGAUAGUAGACAAGUGACUAUCGAUCUCAAUUCAGCUUAUGUAGAUACCAAUGGAUACAAUGACAUGGCUGCAAAAUUUUCUCCUGAUAAGAGGAGAAAGAUCCAUAGAAAGAUGGAAAGAGAUACCCAAGUUAAUCUUGAGGACUAUGCAGCAAUUGACAUGCAUAAUAUAAAUUUGAUUUUUAUGAGGCGCAGCCUGAUGGAGGAUUUAGUUGAUGAUGCCAAAUUCUCAGACAAAAUUCAUGGUGGUUUUGUGAGGAUUAAAAUUUCUGAUGUGUAUCAGAAACAAGACAUAUACCGUCUAGUAAAAGUUACUGGAACGCACAAGGUUCCAGAAAAGUAUAGCAUUGGAAAGAAGAUGACAAAUUUUGCACUCGAGAUAUUGAAUUUAAACAAAAAGGAGAUUAUUACAAUGGAUACAAUAUCUAAUCAUGAUUUUACAGAGGAAGAGUGCAAACGUUUAAGGCAGAGCAUGAAGUGUGGCGUGAUUAGCAGACUAAAAGUGGGGGAUAUCCUAGAGAAAGCAAAGAUAUUGCAAUCUGUAAAAGUGAAUGAUUGGUUUGAAAAUGAAAAGCAGAGGCUUGGGCAUCUUCGUGACCGUGCAAGUGAAACUGGACGCAGAAAGGAACUUAGAGAAUAUGUAGAAAAGCUGCAGCUUCUCAACGAUUCUGAGGAAAGAACCCGCAGGAUUAAUGAAGUUCUGGAAGUGCAUGUUGACUCACAUAUGGAUCCUAAUUAUGAGUCUGCUGAAGAAACAGAUGAGAAAAGAACUGUUGGAAAGUCGGUAGAUCGGACAAGACCAGAUACAACCAUAUCACGACGAAUAUCAAGAUAUCUUAGCACUAUGCAGAACCAUCCUCAAAAAGUUUCUGAUUGUAGCCACCAUCCAAAAAACUUGUCAACAGAAAGUACAAUAUGUGGAUCAGGAGCAAGAAGUUUGGAGAACAGCACAGCAAACAGAACUAUGUAUGAAGCUGGAUCAUUUUCAUCUUCUGGAGUAACAAUGUCAAAUGACACGGAGCCGGAGAAAGUCUGGCACUACAAGGAUCCUUCUGGGAAUGUUCAGGGUCCAUUUACUCUUUUGCAACUAUCAAAGUGGACAAGUUACUUCCCACGUGAUCUGAGAGUAUGGCUUACAUUUGAGAGUGAGGAGAGAUCUUUGCUGUUGACUGAAGUGCUUUCAAAACAGCAGAAAGAUUUCACUCAGGCUGCAUCACAUACAAGCAGCAAGGCAACGCUGGUUGGCACUGGACAUACAAGGAACAACCCUAGUGUGGAUCAGACCAAUGCUUUCUCCCCUGCUGGUCAUAGUGUGGUUAGUUCUUCAGGAAUAACUGUUCAGUAUAAUAAGUAUUCUGUUCCAGAAAGGGAAAGUGUGUACUCUCCAGAUGAUAGCUUGUCGCUGUCAACUAGUUCGGUUCCGCCGAAGGAUGCUUGUACUGUGAAUAGCCAAACACACUGCCAGAAUAAGCAUUCUGUUUUCAUUCAAUCUCCUGGAAGUGCAUAUGGGCACACAGACUUGAACCAUGAUGGAAUACAGGGAGGAUGCUCUGGUGAAUCAAACCACCAUCACAGCAGCGGAGCCCUAUGGAGUCCUACCGUGGUACAGGUGAGUUGUGGACAUGGUAAUGUGGAAUCUCAUCAGAGCCAGCAUGUUUCCUGGUCACAAAGUCAACAUGAAUCUAAAAAUAGUUCACAACGACCUGUUAAAGAUCUGAAUUCAAGGCGGGAUCUAUCGAAAAACCUACCUACUCAACGUAUAGGGAAAGAUGUCUCCAGUCCUUUGUUUGCUUGUGCUUGGAGUCCGGCCGAGUCGAGGACAGCUUCAAGUCAACAUGACGGCUCUUGCUUAAGUUCAACAACUAAUCCAAACUUUCUCGAUGAACUUCAUUAUUCUAUUGCUUCCGCAAAGCCUAAGAGCUGCGCUCCAGCAACCCCUAUUGAAGACAGAGGUUCUAGUUCACCAUCAGGCAUGCUGAGUCAUGCAGAAAGAGUUCCAAUCUGCAGUCCACAAUCAACCCCUUUGGCAUCUGCUUUCGAUAUGUGCAAGAUGGAGGAGAUCAUGAAUCAGCAAAGAACACUGGAGCCGGAUACAUCAAAUGCUUCAAUUAACCAGUCUCCCGAAUCAAAGAUUUUCCCUGUAUCCUCUCCUGAUAACCAUGAUAUUGACCGUGAGUUUCCUAGUCCAGUUCCAAGAUCUGAGAAUAAGGACAUUGCGGUUGACAGCUCAGGAUUAACACCAGCAUCACCUGAAAAUAUUACUACGAAUUUGCCUGGUUCAGAUACAUGCAAGAUGGAGGUCAUGAGUCAGCAACAAGUAACUGAGGCUGUCGUAUCGAAUUCUUCAGAUAAUCAUUCCCCUCAAUCUAAGGUUUCCCCUGUAUCAUCUCCUAAUAACGAAGAUAUGAAACAUCAGUACCCCAGUUCAACCCGAAGGUCUGAGAAUAAGAUUCCUGCUGUGGACAAUUUACUUUCAACAUCAGCUGCUCGUGAAAAUCUAACGACAACUUCUGCCCAUGAUUCUGAUACAUGCAAAAUGGUGGAGUUAGUGAAUCAGCCAAAAACACCUGAAGUGGAUGCAUCAAAUGCUCCACUUUGUCAAUCUCCUCAUUCUCACACUUCCCAGGUACCUUCUGACAAUCAAGAUAUUGAACGUGAAUGUCCAGGUCCAACUCCAAGAUCUGACAGUAAAGAACCUCUUGUAAACAACUCAGCGACAACUUCUGCAUCAGCCUCUGAUACAAUCAAAAUGGAGGAGUUUGUGAAUCAGCAAAAAACAGUUGAAGCAGAUGCAUCAAAUGCUCCACUUAAUCAAUCUCAUUCUCACAUUUUUCCAGUACCUUCUGACAGUCAAGAUAUUGAGCAUGAAUGUCCAGGUCCAACUCCAAGAUCUGACACUAAGGAACCUCUUCUGAACAACUCAGUGUUAACAUUAGCAGCGUCUGAAAUUCUAACAACAACCUCUGCGGCCUCUGAUACAUGCAAAAUGGAGGACUCAGUGAAUCAGCAAAAAACGCUUGAAGCAGAUGCAUUGAAUGCUCCACUUAAUCAUCAUCCUCAUUCUCACGUUCUUCCUGUAUCAUUUGAUAAUCAAGACAUUCAGCAUGAAUAUCCUAGCCCAACUCCAAAAUCUGACAGUAAGGAACCUCUUGUGGACAACUCAGUAUUAACAUCAGUAGGGCCUGAAAUGCUAGCGACAACUUCUGUCUCUGAUACAUGCAAAACGGAGGAGUUUGUGAAUCAGCAAAAAGCAGUUGAAGCAGAUGCAUCAAACGCUUCACUUAAUCAGCCUCACAUUUCCGCUGUACCUUCCGAUAAACAAGAUAUUGAAUGUGAAUGUUCUAGCCCAACUCCAAGGUCUGACUGUAAGGAACCUCUUAUGGACAACUCAGUAUUAACAUCAGCGGUGCCUGAAAUUCUAGCAACAUCUUCUGCUUCUGAUAAAUGCAAAAUGGAGGAGUUUGUGAAUCAGCAAAGACCAAUUGAAGUGGAUGCAUCAAAUGCUUCACUUAAUCAGUAUUCUCGUUGUCACAUUUUCAAUGUAUCUUCUGAUAAUCAAUAUGUUGAGCGUGAAUGUUCUAGCACAACUCCAAGAUCUGACUGUGAGGAACCUCUUAUGGACAACUCAAUAUUAACAUCAGCGGUGCCUGAAAUACUAGCAACAUCUUCUGCUUCUGCUUCUGAUAAAUGCAAAAUGGAGGAGUUUGUGAAUCAGCAAAGACCAAUUGAAGCGGAUGCAUCAAAUGCUUCGCUUAAUCAGCCUCAUCGUUGUCACAUUUUCACUGUAUCUUCUGAUAAUCAAGAUAUUGAGUGUGAAUGUCCUAGCCCAACUUCAAGAUCUGACAGUAAGGAAUCCCUUGUGGACAACUUAGUGUUAACAUCAGCAGUGCCUGAAAAUCUACCGACAAGUUUUGCAGUUGCCUCUGAUUCAUGCAAGAUGGAGAUCUUGAAUAAGAAAAGAACACUUGAAGCAGAUGCAUCAAAUGCUUCACUUGAUCAGCCUUCUCACUCUAGCGUUUUCACUUCAUCUUCUAAUGAUAAUCAAGGAAAUGCGUGUGAACGUCCUAGUCCAAAUCCAAGACCUGAGGGUGAGCAGCCUCUCAUGGAUAACUCAGGGUUAACAUCACCAGUGCCUCAAAAUCUAACUUCUGCUUCCGACAUAUGCAAGAUGGGGGAGAUCUUGAAUGAGAACAGGACACUUGAAGCAAACCCAUCAAAUGGUUCAAUUACUCAAUCUCAUCAAUCCAAGGUUUUCCUUGUACCAUCUAUUGAUAUCCUAGAGCGUGAAUGUUCCAGUGAAACGCCUAGGCCUCAGUUUAAGGAACCUGUUGUGGACAGCUCUGGGUUAACAUCAGCAGCACCUGAAAGUUUAACAGCUAAGCAACAUGUCCACUCACCAGAUGCCUUUAUACCACCAAAGCAUGGUGCUCCAACUGGGGAAUUAGGUGAUGCAAAAUCAGAUUUUAAAGGUGAAGAAAUUAUUCAAAAAGAACAAUAUUGUGAAAGAGAACCUAUUGUUGCUACAAGAGAGAAUUUGCUAAUUGAUCUUUCCUGUGGUGCCGAGUCGAUAGAUGUGUCAGAUGUAUUGGAAUCUUUAAUGGAAGAAAGGAGUGUAACUUCGUACGUGCCAGUAUCAAUAGAGGACUUCCUAGCCGCUUCAGCAGUGGAAGAACCACAAUACUCUAGCCCUAUAGCGUUAUCUCCUUGGGGUGAACCUAGUUACUACCAAGGUGAUGCUGGUGAUUCUGCGCUAUGGGGUAUUCAAGAUUCGAUCAAUGAUAUGUGGUCAUUGCUUUCACCAAGACCUAUGCUCCAAGCUUCAUCUGGUAUUGGAACUGAGGGGAAGGAAACUUUUGAUAUCAACGAGGUGGCUGUGACCCAUGUUAAUAGUGAUUUUUUCCAAAGAGGAUCGAUGCUUGGGGAGGAAAAUAUGAAUCAGGCAAACUUGAGUGUUGCUGCAGAUAGGAUGCUGCUGCCUGAGCAGGUCCCAUCAAUACCAAAUGGUAUGUCAACAUCAUCAGUAGACGAGGGCACCAGAGUUAUAGGUUCUCAAGCAUCAAUCAAUCAGAGCUUAGACUGGGGUACUACAUGGAGGACUAGUCAGAAUCUCAGCGUGUAUAGCAAUGAAAUAGCAGGGCCCUCGAGUAAAAGCUAUUGGGAAGAAUCAAGGAAGCAGGAAGCCACCAAUUCGGGCGUUUCUAUUUCAGGGGAAGCCAUUAGAAACAAGCGCUUGAACCCUCCUGAUAAUGCUAUUCGGGGCAGCCAUCAUCACCGUGGCAGGUACUCCCAAAUCAGUGAAUCUUGGCUACUCAGUUCAAAUCACUCUAGGAGUAGUUCUGCUAAAUUUGGCAGCGGUGGGUCAUCAAGAUCAACUUCAAAGGGUCAAACUAGGGGCUAAUGUAAAUUCUCGGGUGCAGGAGAAAGGAUGCAUCUUGUAGCUACCUGCAUCCUUGAUCUCUGCAGCAGGAAUAGGUUUUAAAAUUCUCUGUUAUAUCUUUGCAGUUUGUAUAGGCUAAUUAAAAUUAAGUCAACAGAGCGUAAAUGACCAUCUCUGCUCCACUCAACUCAACUGUAGCAAGGAGCAUAUGUUUAGCAUAGAGGUUUGACUGAAUGGCCCUGCCCAAGAAGCAGAUUCAGCUCUUGGGCAUGGUCUGUAUCAUCCUGACAUUCUGUUGGAUGGAACUGCAAUUGUGCAACCGGCAUCUCUUGACACCGAAACGCCCCUGAUGUGUUGGAAUAUCUGAUCGAUUGGUUUA